GUGGCGGGGCGAGGGGGGGGGGACAGAAGGUGUCAGCUCUUGCAGCUCUUCCUUUUUCUUGCAAACGCGCGCUCUUGACAUCCACCGUCCUUCCCUCCCCACCUGCCAACCGCCGCGGCGUUAUCCAGACCUUGGGGGUGGGGGGGUGGGGCGGCAUGCCUCCUACUGACUCUGCACUCGGGGACAGGCGACUAAGCGGCUGCUGAGGACCCCGGGGUGUCACCGGAGCCGCGGUCCCCACCGGCCCCUAGAGUCGGCUCGGUGAGCGCGCGGGCGGCGGCCGCUCCCGCCCGGGUACAGGCUCCGCAGCACAUGCCAGCCCAGCGGAGAAAAGCCCGCGCCGCCUCCGCGCGCAGCGGCUCCCCGGCUUCUCCUCUCCUUCCACCCCUCUACCCCCGCCACUGGCCGCCCGGGUCCCGCUCCGGCCGGUGCGCGCCCACUCGGCGAGGGGCGCGGGGGAGCCGGUCCGCGACUGCAGACGCCCGAGGGCACCGGCCGUCGCCCUCCAACCCGGCCCGGCCUCUCCGCCCCCGGCCGCCGCCCGCGCCCAGCCCGGCUCUUACCGCGGGGUCAGCCGGGAGGCGGCGGCGGCCGCGGCGCUCGAGCUGCUGCUGGCCCGCUCCGGGCUCGGCGCCAGCCCGGCCGCCGGUGCACACUCCGCGCGCUCGGGCCUCGGCCCGGCCCGGCCCGGUCCGGGGAGGCGCGGGUGCUGGUGCUGGUGGCGGCCGCGGGUGCGCGGCGGGCGAGGGUCCCGGCAGGUCCCGCCGCCGCGACUGGGGCGCCGCGCCGCCGUCGCCGCAGACGGUUAUGGUAAUGAGCGGCUCUGUCUAGCGAGGAGCGUGUGAAACCCGUCAAUCCUGUUUGCCAUUUCCCCGUGGAUUUCCGAGGAGAGGUUCUGCACGAUGCCCCCAGGAUGCUGCGCCUUUCCCACCCUUUGCAGAAGACUUUCUUCUCCUUUGCCACAGCAAACGGAGAUGAGAAACAGCUGUGUUUGCAGGGCCGGAGCAGUUCUUCUCCCCUCGCCGUCCGCCCCCGCCCGUUCCCCGCCGGAGCUGUGUGUGUGUAGUGGAUCAAAAAAGCAACCUUGGUCCGACUGCAACUGGAAUUGGCAACUCUUUCUGGGUGGGGGAGCCUUCAGGGAAAACCUCCAGGAAAAAAAAGAAAAAAGUAAUAAAGGAGGCUGUCCUUGGUCAAGAGAAUGUAAUAUAAGCCCCGGAAUCACAUUAUUUUGCAAAUAGUAAUUUUCCUCUAUAUUGGGCUCCACUGGAGUUUGUUUUUUUUUUAAAACAUUAAUUCAUAACUUCUGUCUAGGGACCCCUCCAUAGUCGAGAUGGGUCAUUUCAGGUGCAAUGAACGCAGAGGCUUGGAAGGCAGAGACCUAAUAAAAUGGGGGGAAGGAACCUGCGCAAAAGUGUUACAAAGACUAUAAUGUUUGUUUACUGCUACUAUGCCAGAUGUGCUAAAUAUAACACUUCUUUAAAACAGUGAUCCUCCGACUGUGAAAAACCAAACCUCUUGCUGCCUGGCUCCCUAGGAAUCAAGAAGAGGCACAGACUGAAAAUCAGGGAGGAAAGGAACAAGAUCAAGGAUGAGGAUUAGCAUCUGCAAAUUGAACCCUAUCUAAUUUGCAUGUUUAUUUCUUAGAAUUGUAAUUAAAUUUGUGUAAUAAAUGUUUUCCAUUUCA